CCGGAGCCCGCGCUGCGGGUGGGGCUCACUCCUCUCCGGAGCCCUGGUCGGCGGGGCGGUGGCCGUCGGGGCCCACGCCCAUCCCCGCUGGCGGGGGUCCAGGGGCCGCUGUGGACCGGCGGGCUCAGCCGGCCGGGUCCGGGCCUGACUGGGCUGAUUGCGCUGACCCGAGCUGAGCCCUGCCCUGGGGAAAUGAAGGUUGGCCGCACCCGGCGCCGCAGGAAGAAGAGCCCGGGGCACUGCGGCCUCGGAGGUGCGAGUUCGGCUGGGAAGAGGCCGGUGGGGGCCCGAGGCGACGCUGUCCACCCCCCCUCGCCCCUCCCAGGUUUAGAGGACAGAUAAGCGAAAGGUUCAUCACUUGGAUUGUAAAGGACUUUAACAUUCCUGGGAACGUCCCCUUUCACCUUUGCUCAGAAGGAAUCUCUGAGUCUGUGGGUUAGCUCCUGAAGAAGUACUUCACGGGGACCACAUAUAGAUGCUUUCAUGAAGAGGGGUGAAAAACCAGAAGGGUACAGACAGAUGAGGCCUAAGACCUUUCCUGCCAGUAACUACCCUGGCAGCAGCCGACAGAUGCUGCAGGAGAUCCGAGAAUCCCUUAGGAAUUUAUCUAAACCAUCUGAUGCUGCAAAGGCCGAGCAUGACCUGAACAAGAUGUCGACUGAAGAUCCUAGGCAAGUGAGAAACCCACCCAAAUUUGGCACACACCAUAAAGCUUUGCAAGAAAUUCGAAACUCUCUGCUACCAUUCGCAAAUGAAACAAGUUCUUCCCGGAGCCCUUCAGAAGUCAACCCACAGAUGUUUCAGGAUUUGCAGGCUGCUGGCUUUGAUGAGGACAUGGUUAUUCAAGCUCUUCAGAAAACUAAUAACAGAAGCAUAGAAGCAGCUGUUGAAUUCAUUAGUAAGAUGAGUUACCAAGAUCCUCGUCGAGAGCAGAUGGCUGCAGCGGCUGCCAGACCUAUUAAUGCCGGCAUGAAACCAGGAAACGUGCAACACUCAAUUAAUCGAAAACAAAGCUGGAAAGGUUCUAAAGAGUCUUUAGUUCCUCAGAGACAUGGCCCACCUCUAGGAGAAAAUGUGGUCUAUCGUUCUGAAAGCCCCAGCUCACAGGCAGAUGUAGGAAGACCCCUGUCUGGAUCCGGCAUUACAGCAUUUACUCAAGCUCACCCAAGCAAUGGACAGAGAGUGAAUCCCCCACCACCACCUCAAGUUAGAAGUGUUACUCCUCCACCACCUCCAAGAGGCCAGACUCCCCCUCCACGAGGCACAACUCCACCUCCCCCCUCAUGGGAACCAAAUUCUCAGACAAAGCGUUAUUCUGGGAGCAUGGAAUAUGUAAUCUCCCGAAUCUCUCCUGUUCCACCUGGGGCAUGGCAGGAGGGCUACCCUCCAGCACCUCUUAACACUUCUCCCAUGAAUCCUCCUAACCAGGGACAGAGAGGCAUUAAUUCUGUUCCAGUUGGCAGACAACCAAUCAUCAUGCAAAGUACUAACAAAUUUAACUUUCCACCAGGGAGACCUGGAGUUCCGAAUGGUGGUGGUCAGACCGAUUUUAUCAUGCACCAAAAUGUUGUCCCUGCUGGUGCUAUGAAUCGGCAGCCACCACCUCCAUACCCUCUCACCUCAACUAAUGGACAAAGCCCUUCUGCUUUACAAACAGGGGGAUCUCCUGCUCCUCCAUCCUAUGCAAAUGGAAAUAUUCCUCAAUCAAUGAUGGUGCCAAACAGGAACAGUCAUAACAUGGAGCUUUAUAAUAUUAAUGUACCUGGACUACCAACAACUUGGCCCCAGUCGUCUUCUGCUCCUGUCCAAUCAUCCCCAAGCAGUGGGCAUGAAAUUCCUACAUGGCAACCUAACAUACCAGUGAGGUCAAAUUCUUUUAAUAACCCAUUAGGAAGUAGACCAAGUCACUCUGCUAAUUCUCAGCCUUCAGCCACUACAGUCACUGCGAUCACACCAGCUCCUAUUCAGCAGCCUGUGAAAAGCAUGCGUGUCUUGAAACCAGAGCUGCAGACUGCUUUAGCCCCUACCCAUCCUUCUUGGAUGCCGCAGCCAAUUCAGACUGUUCAGCCUACCCCUUUUCCUGAGGGUACAGCUUCGAAUGUGCCUGUCAUUCCACCCGUUGCUGAAGCUCCAAGCUAUCAAGGUCCACCACCACCUUAUCCAAAACAUCUGCUACACCAAAACCCAUCUGUCCCUCCAUAUGAGUCAAUAAGUAAACCAUGCAAAGAUGAUCAGCCUAGCUUACCCAAGGACGAUGAUGAUGAGAAAAGUUUGGAAAAUGUUGAUAGUGGGGAUAAAGAAAAGAAACAGAUUACAACUUCACCUAUCACUGUUAGGAAAAACAAGAAAGAUGAAGAACGAAGAGAAUCUCGUAUUCAGAGUUACUCCCCUCAGGCAUUUAAAUUCUUUAUGGAGCAACACGUGGAAAAUGUCCUGAAAUCUCAUCAGCAGCGUCUGCAUCGGAAGAAACAGUUAGAAAAUGAAAUGAUGCGGGUUGGAUUGUCUCAAGAUGCCCAGGAUCAAAUGAGAAAGAUGCUUUGCCAGAAAGAGUCUAACUAUAUUCGUCUUAAAAGGGCUAAAAUGGACAAGUCUAUGUUUGUGAAGAUAAAGACACUAGGAAUAGGAGCGUUUGGUGAAGUCUGUCUAGCGAGAAAAGUCGACACUAAAGCUUUGUAUGCAACAAAAACCCUGCGAAAGAAAGACGUUCUACUUCGCAAUCAAGUUGCUCACGUUAAAGCCGAGAGAGAUAUUCUAGCUGAAGCUGACAAUGAAUGGGUGGUUCGCUUGUAUUACUCAUUCCAGGAUAAGGACAAUUUGUACUUUGUGAUGGACUACAUUCCUGGGGGUGAUAUGAUGAGCCUAUUAAUUAGAAUGGGCAUUUUUCCAGAAAAUCUGGCACGAUUCUACAUAGCAGAACUUACCUGUGCAGUUGAAAGUGUUCAUAAAAUGGGUUUUAUUCAUAGAGACAUUAAACCUGAUAACAUUUUGAUUGACCGAGAUGGCCAUAUUAAAUUGACUGACUUUGGUCUGUGCACUGGCUUCCGAUGGACACAUGAUUCCAAGUACUACCAGAGUGGGGAUCAUCCACGGCAAGAUAGCAUGGAUUUCAGUAAUGAAUGGGGAGAUCCCUCCAACUGUCGGUGUGGAGACAGACUAAAGCCACUAGAACGGAGAGCUGCACGCCAGCACCAGCGAUGUCUCGCACAUUCUUUGGUUGGGACUCCCAAUUAUAUUGCACCUGAAGUACUACUACGAACAGGAUAUACACAGUUGUGUGAUUGGUGGAGUGUUGGUGUUAUUCUUUUUGAAAUGUUGGUGGGACAACCUCCUUUCUUGGCACAAACACCAUUAGAAACACAAAUGAAGGUUAUCAACUGGCAAACUUCUCUUCACAUUCCCCCUCAAGCUAAGCUGAGUCCUGAAGCCUCUGACCUCAUCAUCAAACUCUGCCGAGGACCAGAAGAUCGCCUAGGCAAGAAUGGUGCUGACGAAAUAAAGGCUCACCCAUUCUUUAAAACCAUUGAUUUCUCCAGUGAUCUGAGACAGCAGUCUGCUUCCUAUAUCCCCAAAAUCACACACCCAACAGAUACGUCCAAUUUUGACCCUGUUGAUCCUGAUAAGUUGUGGAGUGAUGAUAAUGAGGAAGAAAAUAUCAAUGACACUCUGAAUGGCUGGUAUAAAAACGGAAAGCACCCCGAACAUGCUUUCUAUGAGUUUACCUUUCGGAGGUUUUUUGAUGACAAUGGCUACCCAUACAAUUAUCCAAAGCCUAUUGAAUAUGAAUACAUUAAUUCACAAGGCUCUGAGCAACAGUCUGAUGAAGAUGAUCAACACGCAGGCUCAGAUGUAAAAAACCAUGAUCUAGUAUAUGUUUAAUAGACUAGGAGAUAAUUGUAAGAAUUUGCAGAAAGACCUGAAAUGCAGGGGUUUUUUAGGUUUUGAGAAGAUUAUGCAAAUGUGACAGAGUUUGUGUGCUCUGUGUACAAUAUUUUAUUUUCCUAAAUUAUGGGAAAUUGUUUUAAAAUGUUAAUUUAUUCCACCCUUUUAAUUCAAUAAUUUAGAGUAAAUUGUUAUAAGGAAAGUAAAUUAUGAGCUGAGUAUUAUAGUCAGUUCUUGGUACUUUGUUAUAAGGAAAGUAAAUUAUGAGCUGAGUAUUAUAGUCAGUUCUUGGUACUUAAAGUACUUAAAAAAUACUGCUCUGUCUAAAAAGAGAAGCCUGGUAUCUAUUUGUAUAUAUGCUAAAUAAUUUAAAAUUCAAGAGUUUUUGAAAGACAGUUUUAUCUUGCUUUAACCAAAUAUGAAACAUAUCCAUAUUUCCCCUGUAACUUUGGUUUUAGUUCACAAUAAGCUAAAUAAAUUAAGCUAUCAUUUCAGAAGGUGUACCUAGGCUAAUGCUAAUCUGGAAGUCAUAUCCUGGAAUCACAAAUACAGAGCAGAAAAAAAUGAGUUCACUAGAAAUAAUGCAGUUUACCCCUUCCCUCCACGAAAGUCUUUAACCUAGCAUUUCCUCUCAGUUACGGACUUUAAAAGAAGUCAGGGCACUACUAGUUUUGUUUCCAUAUUGGUAUUAAUGCUGCUUCCAGUUUUAAAAGGGAACAAAGUUGCCAUAAAUCAAAUUUUCAGAUACUGAAAACUAAGAUCUGUAAUAUUUUUAUCUUAAAAUUAGAAGAAAAAUUUCCAUCUCCUAAUCAAAGAAAUUAGUUUCAGUUUGUAAAACGUUGAUUAGAGUUUAUUUGUAUGGACUCACUAAGAAAGUACUUUCACAGGGGCUGGGGAUAUAACUUAGUGGUAGAGCACUUGCCUAACAUACACAAAGCCCUGGGUUCAAUCCCCAGCACUGCUGUCCCCCAGACAUACCUUUGCUGUACAGCGACUAAUCUUGAUGUGUCGUCAAUGCUGUAGAUUUCCUCUUUCAGAACAGUGCUACAAUGCAAGUCACUGGCACAGGAAAAUGUUUCUAUUGGCACUAUUAUACCUAAGAGUAGAUUAAUUGGUUAAAAAAGAAUUAUUAACUCCUAAUUGGGAUGACCAUUCCUAAUUAGAAGAAGAUACAUAGUGGUUUAGAAAUUGAAGACUUCCUAAUUUAUUUAAGAUUAAUGUGCCUAUUUAUAUAAUGUUUAGGUUCUAAGGAAGAAUUGUGGCUUCAUAACAAAAUGCAUAGUAACAUCUUUUAGAAAGAAUUGGGCUGUAUUCUGACCCUAGUAAAGUUUGUAUAUUAUUUCCUUUUCUUUAAGUUUACUGACAUGAAUUGCUUUAUCAGACUCAAUGUGGAUAGGAAUGAUAUUUACCUAUCUAGCUUUCUUGUAAAAGAUAAUUUGUUUGAAACCAUGUGUAUAAUAAAAUUAAAGUCAAAGUUAUUUGGUUGAAUUGAGGAAAGAAAAAAUUAUUAGGUUAUUAGCUUACACUUUCAUGUCCAGUUUAGAACCUGUUGCAGUGUAAGUGUGAGCCUUUGGGGUCCCUGGUUCUUUUGAAAUGGAGGCUUUGUGAACUCUAGCCCUAGUGAAAAAGUGCAUAUCAACACGUACACAGAAAGUGUUGCAUGCACUUCCAGGGGUCCCUGGAUAUGAUUAAAAAAAAAAAAAAAUCCUUAGACAACAGAUUAAAGACCUACAUCCUGUAAGUAAAU